AAUAUAUAUAUAUAUAUAUAUAUAUAUAUAUAUAAAAUAAGGGCAUGAAAAGAAAAAGCAAAGGAAAGCUGUCAGCCCCCUCCCUUCCUUUCUUUUAAAAACCAUCCCAAAAAAACACCCCUCCAAAAACCCGAAACCCAAAUAGCCAUACACUUCACCAAGAUCUAGAGCAAACACAAAACAGAGAAACAAACAGAAAAACGGAGGACACACACAUACACACAAGUUGGAAUUGUGCAGCACAAUGAAAGGAAGAGAGGCAAAAGGAGCUCCUUCAGCAGAUCUUUUAGUAUGUUUUCCUUCUCGAGCUCGUCUAACACUAAUGCCUAAGCCAAUUUGCAGUCCAGCUAGGCCUUCUGAGCCCAACAAGCGCCACCACCACCACCACCACCACCACCUAAAGAAAUCUACUACCAGAGGUCCUGGCCAAGCCAGCCCACUUUUAUGGUCUAAAAGCAAGUCAAUGGGCUCGGAGAUCUCUGAACCAACUUCCCCGAAAGUGACCUGUGCUGGUCAGAUCAAAGUGAGGCAUAAAACGAGUUCUUGCAAGAGCUGGCAAUCAGUCAUGGAGGAAAUCGAGAAGAUUCACACCAACAGACAGCAACACAAAAAGAAACCCAGUUGGGUCGAGGCACUCGGAUUCAAGAAAGAAAUAAUGCAAUUCCUCACUUGUCUUCGAAGCAUUCGGUUCGAUUUUCGGUGUUUUGGGUCUUUCCAUGAAUCGGAUAUUACCAGUGAUGAUGAGGAUGAAGAAGAAGACGAAGAUCAAUAUCAUGAAAACCACGUGGUGGUUGAGGCUAGCGAGGAUAGUUCUGAAACUUCAAGAACUGUGUUUUCGAAAUGGUUCAUGGUUCUGCAAGAAGAUCAGAAUAAUGGGUUUUGCAGAGAAUUAGAUAAGAAAGAGAGAGAAAAGCAGAGUGAUGAAGAUCGACCUGCUGCUGCCACUGGUGGUGUACCCUCUGUUCCUCCACCAAAUGCUCUGCUGCUGAUGCGUUGCAGGUCUGCUCCGGCAAAAAGCUGGUUGGAAGGGAAAAAGAAAGAAGAAGAAGAAGAAGAAGAAGAAGAAAAAGAAGAAAAUGAAGAUGAUGAGGAUGAAGAUGGUGCUGGAGAAAGAGAAAAGGAAUUGAAAAAAGCAAAGAGCUUGAAGUGUUUAAUGGAGGAAGAGAGGAGAAAGAACAAAACGGAGAGCCUGGUGGUGAUGAGAUAUGACCCAGAUCUGUACAAUAUUUCAUCUGAUAUCGCAAAAGAGACAUGGGUUGUCGGUGGAAUGAAAGAUGCAUUAUCCAAGAGUCGAAGUUGGAAAAGAUGAUGAUUAAUCUUCCGGCCUUUGAUUUCUUUGUUCCUUUACUUAUGCACCAUUUCUGUUUCAUCUUUUUUCUUUUUGCUCUUCCAUAUUUUGCAUUUUGGUUGUCUUUGAAGGCUUUUUUUUCUUUUUCUUUUUUUGGGGAAAUCCAAUCAGAAUGCAUAAACUGUAUCAGUAUUAAUUAGGUAGAACUUGUACAGCUUUUCUUUCUUUCUCUCUUUCUUUUUUCUCUUGGAAAUUAAAAAAUUUUGCUGCCAUGUACACUUUGCGGUGAUGUAUAUGUGGACAACAUUGCCUUUUUCUUA